GGAAGUAUACUAGAGGUAUUUUGCCACCUCGAGGAGAGGAACACGCGGCUAUAUAUAGGACCACCCCAACCGGAUCUGUCUCAACUCAUUUAAAAAUCACCGAGUUAAAAUUAAAGGAGAAAUAGAUAUUGAAAUGACGUCAAAGAAAGAAGAAACGGCGGUGAUCGUUGUCGGCGCCGGUCCGGCGGGGCUGGCGACGGCCGCCUGCCUAACUGAACUCUCCAUCCCUUACAUUAUUCUGGAAAAAGAAGACUGCUACGCUUCCAUCUGGAAGAAAUACUCCUACGACCGCCUCCACCUCCACCUCCACAAACACUUCUGCGAGCUGCCGCACCUCCGGUUUCCGGCGAGUGCUCCGGUCUACGUUCCGAGGAAACAGUUCGUCGACUACUUGGACGAGUACGUCUCCCGUUUCGGCAUCAGCCCUCGCUGUCGCAGGGCGGUGGAGGCUGCCGCGUACGAUGAGGGUGCCGGGAUGUGGAAUGUGACGGCGAGAGACCCGGACUCCGGCGAGGGGGAGGAAUAUUCCGGCAGGUUUCUUGUGGUGGCCACCGGCGAAACCAGCCUCCCCUCCAUCCCCAAGGUAAAGGGGAUGGAGAGGUUCGCCGGGGAAAUCAUCCACUCGACGGCGUACAAGAACGGUGAGAAGUAUCGGGACAAGAGAGUGUUGGUGGUCGGAAGUGGGAAUUCCGGCAUGGAAAUUGCUUUUGAUCUUUCCAACUACGGUGCCAAGACCUCCAUUGUUGUCCGGAGCCCGAUUCACAUUAUAAGUAAAAGGAUGGGACACUUGGCCUUGACGAUGUUGAAGUAUCACGUGCCGUGUUGGCUGGUCGACUCAGUCCUACUGGUGCUUAGCAAACUCGUCUUCGGGGAUAUCACCAAAUACUACGGGGUCAAAUUGCCGAAAGACGGCCCGUUUUCCGGCAAGGUGAAGAACGGAAAGUACCCCGUCUUCGACGUCGGAACCCAUGCCAAGGUCGUCUCCGGCGAGAUUCAGGUGUUACCGGGUGUGGUGAAGAUGGACGGCUGCGAUGUGGCGUUUGAGAAUGGCACUUCUCUCCCAUUUGACGCCAUUGUUUUCGCAACUGGUUUCAAAAGAUCCACUCACUCUUGGCUUCAGGGUGGUGAGCAUAUGUUGAAUGAGGAUGGGCUUCCGAAGAGAGAAUAUCCAAUGCAUUGGAAGGGCAAGAAUGGGCUGUACUGCGCGGGGCUGGCCCGGAGAGGAUUGUAUGGAAUUUCUUUUGAUUCUCAAUGCAUAGCCAACGACAUUAAAUUGCUUCUCUAAUUUUAUUUUUUUUAAUUUGUAUUUCCCUUUUCAUGAUAUAUGAGAUGAUCAAAAUAAUUACGAAAUUACUAUAUAUACGAGUUGUGUUAAAGGAAAUUACAAAUUGUGUGGUACCGUUUAAUUACAUUGAAUAUGUAUUACGUUCUUCAUUAUAUAAAGUGCAUUUUCUUUAAUUUUUAAUUAUAAAUUAGUGUGAGGACU